AUUAAUAAUAAUUUAACGCCACCAUCCUCUUAAUUUUUCUACAAAACAAUAUCUACCUCAACAGGCUGCGACAGAGUUUUUCUUGUCUGAGAAUUCCUGUCUAUCAAGACAAACGGUCGGCAAAGACCAAACAUCGAACAUCAUGGUGCUCGCAAAAUCCAAAAAUUCGGUAGGGCUGGGGAACAGUCUUAUGAAUGAUCGAUUCGGCAAGGGAAAAGCAUCAUCUCAAAAGAAAGUCUCUCACAAUGAGGCCAUUGCGCGAAAGGGUAUGAAUGGCGAGACCUAUAUUACAAACCCCUCCAAAGAAGCCUCAUGGGUGAAAAUGCGCAGUAUCACGGAGCAAGCGGCCCUUGACGAAUUCCUUAGCACGGCCGAGCUUGCGGAGACGGAUUUCACUGCGGAAAAGAUCAAUAAUGUUAAGAUUAUCCAUACCGACCAGAAGAAUCCUUAUCUUCUUUCUGCGGCAGAAGAGAGAUCGGCGGUUAGGAAACAUCAAAAAAAUAAAGAACGCUUGACGAUUCCAAGACGACCAAAGUGGGACGAGAAAACGACACCGCAGAAACUAGAUUCUAUGGAAAGAGAGAGUUUGCUUGAGUGGAGAAGAGGCCUUGCCGAGUUACAAGAAAAUCAAGAUUUAUUGAUGACACCGUUUGAGAGAAAUCUGGAAGUUUGGAGACAAUUGUGGCGUGUCAUUGAGCGAUCCGACCUUGUUGUCCAAAUUGUCGAUGCCAGAAAUCCCCUCCUUUUCCGCUCCGAAGACUUGGAGAUGUAUGUGAAGGAAGUCGAUCCUAAGAAACGAAAUCUUCUUCUGGUAAAUAAAGCAGAUAUGAUGACGCUGGAGCAGCGUGAACUAUGGGCGGACUAUUUCGAACAACACGGCAUUAGCUAUCGCUUUUUCUCGGCUCAUCUUGCCAAGGAACAAAUUGAAGCACGUCUUCUAGAGGAGCAGUCUUCCUCCGACGAGGAAGAUACGGAAGGUGUCAGUCUAGCAGAUAAAACACAGAAGAUGGAUAUUAAAAACGAGGAGGCUGAGAAUGGGGAAUCGUCGAGCGAAGAGCAAGAUGACGAUCCAAGCUCAGCCAAAAUUCCAACCUCAUUGCGAACUAGAAUUCUCGAUGUUGACGAAUUGGAGCAACUCUUCCUUGAGAACGCACCAACACCUGGUGAUCAGACAAAUAAAGACGAGCCGCAAAAAGACAAAACAAUUAUUGGCCUUGUCGGAUACCCCAACGUCGGUAAAUCCAGUACGAUCAAUGCAUUGCUCGGGGCAAAGAAAGUGUCUGUCUCCGCUACACCAGGGAAAACAAAACACUUCCAAACCCUUUACUUAUCUCCAAAUCUACUCUUAUGUGAUUGCCCCGGUCUAGUCUUCCCCAACUUCGCCAGCACAAAGGCCGAGCUUGUCGUGAACGGCGUGCUCCCCAUCGACCAAUUGCGCGAAUUCACGGGACCAGCAGGCCUGGUUGCUCAACGCAUCCCCAAACACUUCCUAGAAGCCGUCUAUGGGAUGAAAAUCGCCACGAGGCCCUUGGAAGAAGGCGGCACUGGCAUCCCAUCUGCGAACGAUCUUCUUCGAGCAUAUGCGCGAGCCCGUGGCUUUUCGACAUCCGGCCUGGGUCAGCCAGACGAAUCGCGUGCUGCACGAUACGUCUUGAAAGACUACGUCAACGGUAAACUCUUGUAUUGCCAUCCUCCGCCUGCUGCGAAUUCAGCAGAAGGAAAUGAAGGGGAAACCGUAGUGGACCCAGCUGAAUUCAAUCGCGAUCUCUACAAUCUCGCACAUCUGCCGGAAAAACGACGCGCGCAGUUACUCAAAGCCGCCGCCGCGAUUGACGAUAACCUCGAUGCUGCUUCCACAGAUGAAACUGCAUCUAUGGUCUCUGGCUUCACGGACCGAACAGCUCCUGUCGUCGAAGGUUCCCGAUCUCGUCAUCUCGACAAGGGUUUCUUUGGACCGGGCUCAGGCGGUUCUGGGGGCCAUCUAAACAUGCCAUUUAAUUAUAAAUACUCGGAACAAGGGAAAGCGAAACAGCUGACGGGUCGGAAGCAGAAGGUAAUGGUUGCACUAGAGAGGAAUAUCGAUACAUCUGAAGUACAGAUGAGCUCCAAGAAACAUUUCAAAGGCGGGAAAAAGGCGAAGGGGAAGUCAAAGGCCCCAUCCACAGAUGACUACGAGUAAAUUUGCAUGUUUCAAAAGAUUUAGUGAUGUCACGGCAAUUUUUUUGCUCGCAGGCGAGUAUUUAUAUUUUUCUUCAGAUUUACAAGGAUAGAAGGUUCAAAUAUAUCAAUAUGGGAUUGAAUGAUCGUCAAUUGAUCCAAUGCGAUGUAUGUCUUGGUAUUUAUUUCUAUCAUCCCA